UUUUAUAUACGCUGUGCAUUUUAUCUGUAAAACUGUAUAUUAUUUAUAUAAUAAUAUAUACGUUAAGAUAUUUAAUUUAUAGGUGCUAUAUAUGCUAUAUAUAAGCACACGGUUUGUGCAUGGAAAGGUCAGCCCAGCGCUCUGCCGGGAUGGGCUGGAGCUGAACUUUUCUGUUUAAUUAAGCCACUGAGUGCCUGUACCCGUGAAGAUUCCAGAGCGGACAGCGCAGCGCCGGGCAGGGAGCGUUCCAUCGGGAAAAAGGUUCGGGAUCCGCGGGCCGGCCGGGUCCUCCCGCCGCCCCCGCCACAGAGCGGGGCCAGAGCGCCGCCGCCGCCGCGCUUCCGUUUCCCCCGCCGCCAUCUUCGGCACGGGCACUUCAGCCACCGCGGACACCCCGUGCCUCUCACCGCCGGGCAGAAGCGAGAGGCGGCCGCGCUGCGAGCCGCCCCCGGGUAGCGGGAAGUGUAUUUAUCCGCCGAGGAGGGGUGUUUCUGCCUCUGUCCUCCCGAGGUAUCGGCGCAGUUCGGGCAGGCGGUGAGGGGACGCCGUGACGGGGGAGAGCGGCUGCGGUGCCCUCACCUAAGAUGGCGGCGGGGGCGGGCUUUUCCCGCCGAGAAGAUGGCGGCGCAGGGAGCGGUGCUCUGGCCGGGUGGCGGAGCUCCCUCGGUUGGGUGAGGGGAGCGGGAUGGGACCGUCCCCACCAAAGGCCUCCCCUUUUAUAGGGACUCUUCUACCCUGCCACGGAGAGCUCGGUUCAGCCCUGCUGCGUCACAAAGAACCCCCACCCCCCAGCCUUCCUCCCUCAGCUCACCCGCACCUUCUCCAGCCAAGGGAGCCCCUCUCCGCCUUGCUGCCUCCCCUCAUUUUGGGGUCAUCCCUCCCCUGUUGCAUGAGGGGCCACUGGGUGGGCGCGGGUUGGGGUUGCCCGUUGUCUGUUUACCCCUCUACUCCUCAAGGUAGCUGCUGCUCCAGUUUAUUUUAAUAACCAUGACUUUCACCCUCCCUUUCAUACUUUGCCGCAGGAAUGGACCAGCAAGUCCAUAGGUAGCGGGAAGCUCCCCACCCUCCUUUCCCCCUCCUCCUCCCCACCCCCUUAAGGGGCGGUGAUCGCGGCGGAGAGGAAAGAAAAGGAUGCCACGGAAGCUGUUGUUGCCUUAUAAAUCUGCUUUUUCUCACUUUCGAGCUCCACGGGGAUUGCAUGACUCUUUGGCGAUGAACGCGGCCAGAAGUGGCUACCGGGUCUUCUCGGCCAACUCUACUGCAGCCUCCACCGAGCUGGCGAAGAAGAUCACAGAGUUGCAAACAAUGCCUGGCUGCUGCCUUUCCCCGUCUCACAUCCCAGCCUGUUCUUUGCUGGGGAGGCGUCUUGGUGCUGAGCUGGGGAAAUCUGUGGUGUACCAGGAAACCAAUGGAGAAACAAGAGUUGAAAUAAAAGAGUCUGUCCGUGGACAGGAUAUCUUCAUCAUACAGACAAUCCCCAGAGAUGUGAAUACUGCUGUCAUGGAGCUGCUGAUCAUGGCCUAUGCACUGAAGACUUCCUGUGCAAGGAACAUCAUUGGGGUCAUCCCCUACUUCCCCUACAGCAAGCAGAGCAAAAUGAGGAAGAGGGGCUCCAUAGUCUGCAAGCUGCUGGCUUCAAUGCUCGCUAAGGCAGGUUUAACACACAUUAUCACUAUGGACCUUCAUCAAAAGGAAAUCCAAGGCUUCUUCAGCUUUCCAGUAGACAACCUGAGAGCAUCCCCUUUCUUGCUUCAGUAUAUACAGGAAGAAAUUCCAGAUUACAGAAACGCAGUUAUUGUAGCCAAAUCUCCUGGUGCUGCUAAAAGGGCUCAGUCUUACGCUGAGAGGCUGCGCCUGGGGCUGGCAGUGAUCCAUGGAGAGGCUCAGUGCACGGAGCAGGACAUGGAUGACGGGCGUCACUCCCCUCCCAUGCUCAAAAAUGCAACUGUGCAUCCUGGCCUGGAGCUGCCAUUGAUGAUGGCCAAGGAGAAGCCGCCAAUUACUGUGGUUGGAGAUGUUGGAGGAAGAAUUGCCAUCAUUGUGGAUGACAUCAUCGAUGACGUGGAAAGUUUUGUGGCUGCUGCAGAGAUCCUGAAAGAGCGUGGAGCUUACAAGAUUUUUGUGAUGGCUACUCAUGGGCUCCUGUCAGCAGAUGCUCCCCGUCUCAUAGAGGAAUCUUCCAUUGAUGAGGUGGUAGUGACCAACACUGUUCCUCACGAGGUGCAGAAGCUGCAGUGCCCCAAGAUAAAGACUGUGGAUAUCAGUUUGAUCCUCUCGGAAGCCAUCCGGCGAAUCCACAACGGCGAGUCCAUGGCCUAUCUCUUCCGCAACAUCACUGUCGAUGACUAGACCUGAGCCUGCCCCUGUCCUGGAUUCCACAACAGAAGGAAAUCUGCACGGAAAGGCAAUCCCAUAAAACAUAGGCAUAACACAACUGUUUAUUUUUGUAGGAGCGUUGAGGUUUUCAGGGUGUUGAGCCAUGAGAUCUAAUAGAAAAAAAAUCAACCUGACCAGCACUUUACAAGUGAAUAGAAGGGGCCACUGGCAAUGGGGGGAUUACACCUUAAUUAAGAGAGAUGGAGAAAUGAGGUGGUGUUGAAUUUUUAAGUUCCUUUAAUGAUUUUUUUUUUUUUUUAGUGUGUUAUCUCUUGCCCUGUAGGGGUGGAAAGAAAAGCUAAACAGAAGUAGCUGUCAGCUUGUGAGAAGGGAACAGAGACUGCUUAUUGCUGUGUGGGCAGCGAGAGCUGCCUUUGGGGUUUUUCUGCCUGUGUCUCACCCCAGAGCACGGAAGAGAACGUUCAGGCUGUGCUGCUGGCAGAGCUGAGCCAACAGCAGCUCCAUGCCAGCUCAGUGGCCUCUCCCCUCCUGUACAGCAGAGCAGGGACUUUCAUCAAAGCUAAGUUAGCGGAACAUCCCGAAAGGACAGCUUAGGGCAACCCAUUGGCAGGACUGCUCCCAUGCCUGGGUCAGGGAGCUGGGAACAGGCUCACAUGUGUGUCCCAGCAGAGCAGGGAAUGCUAGUUUAUGUGUUGGCCUUUUCAUCUUAUGAGCUUUGGAUCAUUAUUGCUCUUCAGUGACGAGUCACGUGAGGGUCUUGGUCCUCACUGGAACACUUGUCUGCACUGCAAAGCCAGACGUGAUUUUUUGCCUGGGGCUGAGUUUGUGGCAGAGUCUUGUGGGGAAGGGAAGUUGGAAUAUCUGCUUCUAAUGCAGCUGUGCUCUCCAAAACACUAACACUGAACCUGAAAUAAAAAGUGUAAGAUUUUUCAGCUUUGCUUCCUGUGAAUCCUGUGCCCUCUGAAGAGCUGCUCUAUCUAUUCAGUGGGGCUGUUACUGUCAUAAGGCUCACUUGCAGCUUUGCAGCCUUCUUCCAUGCAGAAGUAGGACUGGCUGAUUACUCCUUCUUGAGUGAUACUCACUUUUGGGUGCAGGGGACACUUGAGGAAGCUGCACAAGAUGCAUGUGGAGGGUUUUAUCUCCAGGAUGAUAGAAGGAUAAACUCCCAACCUGAUCUUUCCCCUUGAUGGGACAAACACACUCCAGAAAAACCUACACCACUAGUCUGCUGAUGUGAGGAAGAAAUAAAAGCUGCUGGAAGCAGUUGCUUCAACAGCACAGGAAAUGUUUAGUUGUUUAGUUUUGGUUAUCCUUAUUCUACACCCUUCUAUUGCAUUCCAACAUCUACAAUGUGCCACGGAGCCAGCAGUGACUGAGCAGGACAAGCCUUGAACACCAGGCAAACAAAUGGACCUCAGCAUGCAGUGCUUGGACCACCUUCAGUAUCCAACAUGGAUUAAACCACCAUGCCAGAUUCCAUGAGGGAUGUGCAGGACUGGAUGAGGUAUCAAAGCUGUUGAUGGGUUUUCCUGCAUUUUCAAAGUACCACAAACAAAUCUCAGCUGUACUCUGUGACCACAGCCUGACUCCUCAGCCUGGAGGGGUAACAUGAUACUGCAAGUAUUGAACAGAUCAUCUGGAGCUGUGAAGUCCUUGCAGAUGUCUGGGCCCCCUUUUUUCUGAUCCAGUGCUGGACGAUGUUCUUCAUUCUGGAAGCCAGUGUUAGAACUCCGCACAGUUUUGCUGGUCUCUCUCCUUCAAAGUGCUUGUCAGAUUUGCCAG